AUGGUUGUCGCUGCCUUUGCCGAAGUGGGCCGGAGCGCCCGCGAGGUCCUUGUUGGAACGCGGGAGGGCGUAUAUUCUUUUGAUCAGAAGGCCACGCUCACCACCAAAACAUCGGAUGGCGUGGGGCUGGUGCUGGGUGCGAUCAGAGCUGGCGACAAGGCGGACCUCACCCUGAAGACGACUUACAGCCGCGACGGCUUCGAUUUGAACGCGCUCUUCAAGACCGGCAGCGACUCGGUCGACGUCAUCGCUAGGGCUGACAACCUGGCCCCCGGGCUUCGCGCCUCAAUCUCGGCCACCCUGCCGGACACGCAAUCAGGGAAGCUCACGCUGGACUACAACCACCCCUUUGGCCACGCGACCGCCGCCGUCGGCCUGGGGGCGCGGCCCAAGGCGUCGCUGGCGCUGACGACGGCGGUGUACACCAACUUCCUAUUGGGUGUGGAGGGCGCGGUGGAUGUGUCCAAGAGCAGCGGUGGCCUCGAUGACUACAGCGUGGUGGCCGGUUACAUGGGGCCGGACAGCCAGAUAGCGCUGCGGCUGACGGACCGGCUGUCUACCGCGCGGCUGUCUGUGGUCCACAACUAUGCACGCGGCAAGGCGCUGGCGGCGGAGGUCUCGCGGCCGCUGCACCAGGGCAGCGCCGUCAGCGUCGACUUUGCAGUGGGCAUUCAGCAGCGCCUCAACAACGGCGCUCUGUUCAAGGCCAAGGUGGACCACCUGGGGGUGGCGUCCCUGCUUUACCAGCAGACGCUGCAGGGCGGCGAGCGCGCGACGCUCGCGGCGCAGCUGGACGCGCUCUCGCCCGGCUCAAAGCCGCCGAAGGUCGGGCUCGCGUUCGACCUGGCGUGA